CCCAAAGCGGUCAUCUUUGAUCUCGAUGGCUGCCUCUGGUAUCCGGAGAUGUACAUGAUGAGCUGGCGCGGCGGCGGCGCUCCCUUCGUGCCCAAGGGCGACGCGAUGGUGUCGCAGGCGGGCGAGGCCGUGACGCUCUUGGGCGACGUGCGCGCCGUCGUCGCCGAGCUGCGGGCGGACUGGCCGGACGCGGUCGUCGGCAUCUCGAGCCGCACCGACGAGCCGGCGUGGGCGCGCGAGCUCCUGGAGAAGUUUCGCGUCGAGGACUUCGCGCUGGGCGACGCCUUCGACGCGCGCGCGGUGCAGAUCAGCAAGGACUCGAAGGUGGCCCACUUCGAGCGCAUCGCCGCGGCGACGUCGAUCCCCUUCGAGGACAUGCUCUUCUUCGACAACGAGCUGGGCAACCUGCGGGCCGUGACCAUGCUCGGCGUGACGUGCGCCUAUUGUCCCGAGGGCGUC